UAGUCCAGAGGGUUGGUCCGAAUUAUACUCUCCACUUUUACCUCUGAAAUUUUGUUUUCCUUCUCUUUUUUUUUUUUGCGAAACUUGAGGGGUUUCUCUUAGUUAAUGGGAGAGGAAGAUUAGAUUCGGCAAGAUUAGGGUUGGUGGAUUGAUUCGUGGAUCAGCCAUUCGAGCCAGAGUUUGUUUUUUUGUUGCUUCUUCAGUUAGUGUAAAGGAAUCUUUCAGAUGUCAGGUCCUGUUGAUCGAUUCGCAAUACCAUGUUUCGAGGGACUGUUAAGCAGCGACGAGAAGAAAGAGCGAAAGUCCGACUUCGAGAUCUCAGAAGACGAGAGGAGGACGCGAAUCGGCUCCUUGAAGAAGAAGGCCAUCAACGCCUCCACCAAGUUCAAACACUCGCUCAAGAAGAAGAAGCGGCGCAAAAACGAAGGAGGAGGCCGAGUCAGCUCAGUCUCCAUCGAAGACGUCCGCGACGUCGAGGAGCUUCAAGCCGUCGACGAGUUCAGACAAUCUUUGGUCAUGGAGGAGCUCCUCCCUUCCAAACACGACGACUACCACAUGAUGCUCCGGUUCUUGAAAGCGAGGAAGUUCGACGUGGAGAAAGCAAGAGCAAUGUGGGCUGAUAUGAUCCAGUGGAGGAAAGAGUUCGGCACCGACACGAUCAUCCACGACUUCGAGUUCGAGGAGAUCGACGACGUCUUGAGAUACUACCCGCACGGUUACCACAGCGUGGAUAAAGAAGGGAGGCCCGUGUAUAUCGAGAGGCUCGGGAAAGUUGAUCCCAACAAGCUGAUGCAGGUCACGACGGUCGAUAGGUACCUUAGGUAUCACGUCAAGGAGUUCGAGAGGAGUUUUAUGAUCAAGUUCCCCGCAUGCACGAUCGCUGCCAAGAAGCAUAUCGACUCGAGCACGACGAUUUUGGACGUGCAGGGAGUGGGGCUUAAGAAUUUUAGCAAGUCUGCGAGGGAGCUUGUGACUCGGUUGCAGAAGAUUGAUGGAGAUAACUAUCCUGAGACUCUCCACCAGAUGUUUAUCAUCAAUGCGGGAGCCGGGUUCCGCAUACUGUGGAGCACUCUCAAGACCUUCCUUGACCCAAAAACAACUUCUAAGAUUCAUGUGCUUGGAUACAAGUAUCAGAGCAAAUUGCUAGAGGUUAUCGAUUCCAGCGAGUUGCCUGAGUUUUUGGGUGGUACAUGUACUUGCGCUGAUCAGGGAGGUUGUAUGCUUUCUGAUAAAGGGCCUUGGAAAAAUCCUGAUAUUUUGAAGAUGGUUCUACACGGGGGAGCUCACCGAGCGAAGCAGGUGGUGAAAGUUCUGAACAGCGAGGGGAAAGUCAUUGCGUAUGCAAAGCCAUCUUAUCCAUGGAUAAAGGGAAGCGACACUUCGACAGCAGAAUCAGGUUCUGAAGCUGAAGAUGUCGUUGCGUCUCCAAAGGCGGUAAAGAGUUAUUCUCAUCUCCGCUUGACCCCUGUUCGCGAAGAGGCAAAGGUUGGCGGCUCUGGUGAAACGAGCUUUGCCGGUAGUUUGGCAGGUUAUGACGAGUAUGUUCCAAUGGUUGACAAAGCUGUUGACGCCACCUGGAAGGUUAAACCCACCACCAUCAACAGGGUUCAAUCCAAAGGAGUUCUUGUUACUACAAAUGUCCCAAAGGAGCAUGAGAGUUUCAGUGCUCGUGUCUUUGUAUUUUUCAUGGCGAUUGUGAUGGCGAUUCUCACAUUCUUCCGCACACUAUCAGACCGUGUUGUGACCAAGCAGCAGCUUCCUGCUCCGCCGCAAAUAGAAGGAAACACUGCCGCUAGAGAGGAGGAAGCUGAGCUUCUGAAUUCGGUGCUGAAGAAAUUAACGGAACUUGAGGAGAAAAUAGGAGCGCUGCAGGCAAAGCCGAAUGAGAUGCCUUCCGAGAAAGAAGAACUGCUUAACGCAGCUGUUUGCCGCGUAGACGCGCUUGAAGCCGAGCUCAUAGCCACGAAAAAGGCUCUAUAUGAAGCUCUGAUGAGGCAAGAAGAAUUACUGGCUUACAUUGAUCGUCAAGAGUUUGCUCAGUCCCAGAAGAAGAAGAAGAGGAAGCACAUGUUCUGUUUUUAAAAGAAGAAGCGUCUAUAUCUAUGUAUCUGCCUUCUCUUUUUCUCUCUUCCUUUGUAGAUUUUCGUUUAUAAAGAUGAGGAACAGAAGAACAAGUGUUUCAUUAAAAAAACAAAAACACGUUUUCGUCUCAUUUUAUGUUCGAAUUAAUUUAAAGAGAGGUGAGUUCUUUCUC